AUGGAAAUGAAAGAAGUUUUGGGUAGGGAAGGUCGUGAAGCAAAAAAUCUGGUGGCCUAUCAAAUAUGCGAUGAGAGACCGUUAAAUUUAUCCUCAUCAUCGUCCUUUGAAAAAUCAUUGCCACAUCGUAAACCACCAAAAUCGCCAAACGCAUUGCUGCCAUUCUCAUUGCAGACACCAAAAAAAUCUCACUCCCCAACACGACAUGCACAAAAACAAUCAACCGGACCACGUGUACGGAGUGCAUCGACCGGCAGAGACAAAAAAUCCGAACUGCAAGCCCGUUACUGGGCUCUACUUUUCGGCAAUUUACAACGAGCUGUCAAUGAAAUUUAUCAAACUGUUGAGUGCUAUGAAAAUAUUUCAUCCUGCCAAGAGGCAAUAUUAGUGUUGGAGAAUUAUGUACGAGACUUUAAAGCCUUGGGUGAAUGGUUCAAAGUCUCAUGGGAUUACGAAUCUCGACCGGUACAACAGAGACCCAAUUCGCUGGCUUGGGAAAUUCGCAAAAGUAAUCCUGUGCCACGUGUAAGAGCUAAAAGUCUUUCAAGUCCCACAGUAUCAGGCAAAUCCAGUCCAUGUCCACAUCCAUAUUCGGGCAAGAGUUCGCCAUGUCUGGAGGGUCUUUCUCCACGCAAAGGUGUCCGUGUGAAUGUCCGUGAAUUGUUUGCCUCUUCCAAACGACUCAUUAAUGAAAUUCAAAAGGACACAGAAGAUGUGCAACCACCACCAACUCCAGCCACAACUACUGCAGUCGUCGAUGUUGUGGAGGAAGAAACGGCACCCAUGAUAUUGGAAAAUCGAAGUCAUCAAUAUGCUCAAACUGAUUUGGAAGAUGAUCAUUUAACUCUGGCCGGUAUAAGGGAAAAACUGCAAAGAGAACAAGAAGAAAGGGAGGCAGAGGAAGAACGGAAGAGACAGGAGGAACUUGAAAAACAGCUACAACAGGAAGCUCAGAAAAAGUUAGAAGCGGAAACACCCAAAGAGGAACCUGCAUUUGCAAAAGAAGUUAAAAAGGAACCAUCUGCUGUGGAAAUGACCAUUAACAAAUUGGACAGCAUGGAAAAUGAGUUUCUGGCUGUAAAUACCAAAAAGGACCCCACACCUCCGGAAACUGUUUUGAAAAAGGUGUCGGAGGUGAAUGAGGAAAAAUCUUCCAAAGCGGUUGAGCUGCCGAAGAAGCCACAAACCCUUCAAACUGCAAAUACCACAGCCCAAAACAGUCCCAUGAAAUAUUCUAGUGUUUUAAAUAGACCGGCCGUGCCAUCCACCAUAGCCACCUCAUCUUCCCAAAGCAGCAGCCAGUCAACAGCAAAACCUAUAGCAAACACCAAGUCAUCAACACUUAGAGUAGCAGCUGUGAAUAAAUCUGCUAAAGCACCCACAAAUACGGUUUCUACUAAACGUUCAACAUUAGGCACUGCCCCUUCGAUGGCAUCCAGCAAACCUUCAAUGGCUGCAGCAGCUCGAUCAACUGCCAGAAAUAGUAAAUCUGCAUUACCACCACGAGCCACCAGCAAUAACAAAACUGAAGUUUAUGGCCCACCUUCAAAUGUGGCCAGUAGACUAUCAGCCCGAUCGAGAACCAUGAUUGAAAUGAACAACAACAAUAACAACACAAGUGGAGGACAACAGAAACAGCAACAAUCAUCGAAUAUGCUUAGAAGAAAUAUAUCCAAUCUCAAUAAAUCGUCUGCGUUUGGUUCUAAUAAAUCAUCCAAAGAUGAUAUUGGCAGCUCAACAUCCACACUAAAGGCAAGUAACGAGAAGAUAUCAAGACACUCAGCGCAAUCCGGUGCAACAGAUGAACGAAAAUCUGAACCCAAACAACUGCCAAGUAAUAACGAUAGCAGCAACAAUGAUGGUUGGCUAACCGUCAAAAAUCGCCGUCGUUCCAGUAUGCAUUGGUCAUCACGUUUCAAUCAGCCCACUGGUUAUGCUAGUCUUCCCACGCUGGCAUUGCUGGAUGAAAAACAAAGUGACGAUGAAGAAGAAACCAUCCCAUCGGCGAAAUCAAAACCAGAAUCGGGCAAACCUAUUACAAACGGUGUCAAUGCCAACGGCAAACACACCAAACCAUCGAAGACAGGCAAAUUGGCUGAACGUCAAAAUGCCAAAUCCACAACACAUUCCGUACGACCAGAAAUUCGAAAUGCCAAAGCCAAAGUGAAUUCAUUGCCCGCAAACCAGAAGAAGAAUGUCACGACGAAUAAUUCCAAUACGGCAGCUACCAAGAACAAUACCAUCAAUCAAUUACCCACAGUUUCGUCCGCAAGAAAUACCAAUGUUGUGAAUAUUCCGACUAGACAGACCAUCAUUAAACGGCAAAAAUCCGAUUUAACUGGUCUCAAAAUGACCUCCCUCCAUAAGGAGUAUAUGCGCAGUGAAAAGUUAGCCUUAAGGAAACAGAAUAACACUCUGAAUGGGACCACGAAAUCUUCAGAGAUACUCAAUCACCAUCCUUUGGGUUCGGGUGAUUAUUCAGAUAUUAAUUCAUCAGCUGAAACCAUUGUUGAAGCGCCCAACUCAUCAUCACCCUCUGAAAUGUUGGGUGCAGAUAUGAACUCAUCCUCUUCGGCUGAACACAACAAAAUCGAUAUUAAAAUCCAAACAAAUCGUGAUUUUUCGAAAACAAUUGGUGAUCUAUAUAAGAGUAUCUCAAAUCGUAUAGAAUUGUCUACUUCACAGAUCAGCAAUGGCCCGGGAGCAUUGUCGAGCUGCGAUGAGAACGAUGAAUGUGAUGAACAUCAACGUCUGCUCGUUGAAGAACAAGAAUCCCUCGAGAGACAAAUUCGUGAACUGGAGAGUACAGAAAUUGAUGUUGAUACGGAAACGGAUGAAACUGACUGCGAAGUUGGAAUUCUGGGUACCGAUCGGGAUGAUGAAGAAGAUCGUGAUGAUUUCAAUUUCGACACUUCUUCUGUCGUAUUUGUGCCCAUCAAUGAGGUUGACGAUGAUCCAAAUCUUAGUUUGGAAACCCGCUAUCAGGCAUUGCUGUCGGAAAUGUCUUGGGGUGAACGGGAAGAAGCUUUGGCAACAUUGCAAGCUUACGUUUCGAGACACCCAGGUCGUGCACAGGAACUACAUCAAAAAUUGUCAUCACCGUCUCGUCGCCGAUCUCUGCAGGAGACUCUGAAAAAAUACCAGGCCAAACAGGCCAGAGCUCAACAGAAACGAGAACUUCUCAAUAAGGAAAAGUCAAUUAAAAUUCAACAACUCUUGGCUCGUGUCGAAGAUGUCAAGGCAGCUAAAAGACAAUUAAUCGAAGAAAAACGUUUAAAAAUGGAGGGACGUCUCCAGAGGGCAGCUGAAAAUCGUGAGCAAUAUCUUAAGCAUAUCAAAGAGAAGGCCCACGAUGAGGAGAAGAAAUUGAAGGAGAUCAAUUUCAUUAAAAAUAUUGAAGCACAAAAUAAACGAUUAGAUCUCAUUGAGUCGUCCAAAGAAACUGAGGGUCGUUUGCAGGAUCUCGAACAGGAGAGACAAAAACGACUCGAGGAGAAGGCAGCUAAAGAGGCGGCUGUGGAGAGGCGCCGACAAGAGUUGGAGCAAGCUCGUCAACGUAAGCUGGAAAAGAUGAAUGAAUCGCGGCUGGAGCGUGAACAAAGGAUAGGAAAAAUGCAAGAACAAAAAGAAAAACAACGUCAGGCAUUGGCACGAGAAAAGGCGAGAGAUCGGGAGGAGCGUUUGUUGGCAUUGCAAGUACAUCAUCAACAAACUACCGAAGAACUACAAAGAAAGAUACUGCAGAAGCAAAAGGAAUCGGCUCGCCGGCAUGAAGAAAAUAUUGAACAUAUACGUCAACGAGCUUUGGAAUUGACCAUACCAUCGAGAAAUGUUGAAGAAAAUGGUGGACUCCUCAGAUCAGAUGUUGAUGAGAAGGUUGAGGACGGUGAUCUAUCGUCAACCGUGUCCGAUGUUGGCAGUCGCGAACAUAGUCGCGGCUAUAAGAAGAAAAUGAAGAAGUUGAAAAAUAGAAUGGCACAGGCCGCUGAGGAAUAUCUGAAAGAAUUACAACCUGUACCACUUCACAUGAAGCGAGAAUCUCAGGUGCCAAAAUAUCUUAAUUUGGUCAAUAAAGGUGGUGGUUCUCAGGGACUGGAACGUGCCCUUGGCCAUUUGUUGCGUAUAAUGGCCAAAGCUCAAGUAUUCGAUUUUCAAUGUUUCCUACUGAUGGAUGGUUUGGGGUCUAUUAUCAGUGCUGUGAUUACUCCAGGCAUGCAAGAGGACUCUGACGUCUCCAAAAAAGCUGUUGUGCUUGCUGUGCAAUUAUAUCGCAAUGCCUGUACGUUGUGCCCACAAAUUGCAAGACAUGCAUUAUUGGGCAAUUCCAUUGUUGGACUAUUUGAUGCUCUAUUCCAAAGUUUGCAGCUUCCAGAAGAGAAAUCGCCACAACAUCCUGUUGAAUUAUCCACCGAGUUAAUGCUGGCAUGCACGGUGGCCCUAUCACCAUCCUAUACGAAAAAACACACUCAAGCCAAUGUCUUGGAGCGUCUACCCGAUAUAAUAAGGAUUUUAAGAUCACAGUUGACACUCCACAAAACCCAUGUUCACAUUUGCAAUGGUUGCCUUCAACAUUUCACAGAUGAAGACAAAUAUAAUGGUCAUAAGAAAGCUUGUGGAGGUGUUGUUUGUACACUUCCGGAGAAAGACAAAGCUUUAUUGAAGUUUAAGAACUACGGAAAGAAGGAGCGUAUUGCUUUCGUCAUUUAUGCAGACGCCGAAUGCAUACUGGAAGACGUAUCGGACGAUGUUGGCGGAAAUACCAAAAAGGAAAUGAUUUCUUUAACACCCUUAGAACUAAAGCAAUUUAACGAAAGUAUGAACUGUCACAUAUGUGAGGCUCCUCUUGCUAAUGAUAAAGUAAGAGAUCAUUGUCACUUGACGGGAAGAUAUAGGGGAGCCGCACAUAACAAGUGCAACUUACAUUACAGAGUUCCUAAAUUCAUACCGAUACUUUUCCAUAAUUUGUCAUCUUAUGACUCGCAUUUGUUUAUUAAAGAGUUGGCACAGUUUGAGGGAGACAUUUUUGUAAUUGCUCAAAAUAAAGAGCAAUAUAUAUCAAUGUCCUUCAAAAUUCCCAUGAAGGAUGAUUCAGAUUCUCAACAGAAUAUACAAAGAACAGAUACUACUAACGACAAUCCAGAAAAGAAUAAGAAUAAACGUAGAACUCUUGAAUUACGCUUUUUAGACAGUUUUAGGUUUAUGCCGGCGAGCUUGGACAGCCUAGCAAAGAAUCUUCCACAAGAAGCUUUCAAGGCUGUCCGUUCCCAAUACCCCAAUGAUGAUGAUUAUAAACUAUUGACCAGAAAAGGUAUUUUUCCUUAUGAAUACCUCACAUCAUUUGGAAAGUUGACAGAACAGCAAUUACCGCCAAGAACGGCAUUCUACAAUAAUCUGACUGAUAAACUUCAUCUACCAGGUUAUCAAUUUUGUGGACCCGGUACAAAACUAAGACAACGAUUGCAAAGAGGAGAUAAAGGUGUCAAUCCCUUAGAUGCGGCCUGUAGAAUACAUGAUAUUGCCUAUUCACAAAACGAAGAUAUUGAUAAACGCCAUACUGCAGAUCGUCAACUAACAGAACGGGCUUGGGAACGAGUGAAAGCCAAAGAUAGUAGCAUUGGAGAAAAAAUAAACGCAUACCUGUGUGCCGAAAUAGGUGGCGACACCAACGGUUUCCUGAAGGAACUUCAGGGACCGUCGACGACGUUCUUUCGACA